CGGGUGUAUGCUGAUUAGACUACAUCGUUGUACCGUUUCCUUUUACAGGUGCAGUGAAACCUCAUGUGUCUCAUUCAUCCAGCAUCUUGCCAACUUACAUGUAAAGGCCUGGUUGAAAUCAUUUGAAGCAGAACUUGGUGUUUGUAUAUGUACAGGAAACAAUAACGUACACGUACAAUGUAUGUUCUCCUGGCUCUUGCCUUGUGAAAGCUAGAGUGGACCGGCCAUAAUUGGCAAAACGUAUGUGAAUUACAACACGUAUCUUCCGAAGUACACAGAACUUGUUUUGUGGCCUACUGUGAUUGCCUACAGCUUAAGCUUUUGCGGUUGUUACUACUUCGUGCACAAUACCAAAAAUAAAAUGGAGCUGACGUGGUUGUACGCAUCCCUGAUAAUUGCUGUCUGUUGCAACACGUUCUGUGCCGCGACAACACAGACCAGUUCAAAACAGACUAAUUUUGUCGUCUUCAUCAUGGACGACGUGGGAAUGGGCGAUCUGGGCUGUUUUGGGAACGACACGAUGAAGACCCCGAACAUCGACCGUUUGGCGCAGGAGGGGGCCAAACUCAGCCACCACUUGGCUCUGCCGCUGUGCACACCGAGCCGAGCUGCGCUCAUGACGGGACGACUGCCUGUCAGAUAUGGAAUGGGUUCCAGGCACAUCAUGAGAGUGUUUACGUUCCUCUCGGCCAAGGCCGGACUCCCGUCCAACGAGACCACCAUUGCCGAGCUUUUGAAGGAGUCUGGCUAUUCCACUGGACUUGUUGGAAAAUGGCAUCUGGGCUCUAUGUGUGAGUCAGAGACUGAGUGUUCCCACCCUAAUGGUCAAGGCUUUGAUUACUUCUUCGGCCUACCUCUAACAAACCUCCGAGACUGCGGCGGCAAGAGCAACGUCUUUGUUGCCUGGGAUCCCCACAUCUACCGCGACAUCGUCCUGACCUUUCUGGUGCUGCUGUGGGCGGCCUACACGGCCCGUAAGAAUGGCUACAUUGGGCCCCAGGGCUUUGUGGUAUGCGUGGCUACGGCGGUCAUACUCUGCGGGGGCUUCUUUGCCUUCAUUAAGUCCAUCCGCAUGAUGAACUGCGUGUUGAUGGAGAACCAACGAGUGGUGGAGCAGCCCCUCCAGUAUGACCGACUCACGGAGAGGCUCGACCGUCGAGCCGUCAGCUUCCUGGAGCAGAACCACGACAGACCCUUCCUCCUAGUUGUGUCCUUCUUGCAGGCCCACACGGCCCUCUUCCGAUCAGAGCGAUUCACAAAUCACAGUCGGCACGGUUUUUACGGCGACGUCGUGGAGGAGAUGGAUUCGAGUGUCGGGCAGGUCACUGCCACUCUGAAGCGGCUAGGCUUGGAAGACAACACAUUCGUUUACCUGACUUCAGACAAUGGUGGUCACGUGGAAGAGUUCUCAGAGGAAGGGGAAAGAGAAGGAGGAUGGAACGGCGUCUUUAAAGGAGGGAAAGCCAGCACCUGGGAAGGCGGCAUCCGCGUGCCGACCAUCGUCAAGUACCCUGGUGUGGUCUCUCCGGGGUCAGAGGUCACAGAGCCCACCCAGCUGUCAGACCUGCUGCCGACCAUCGCAGGGAUCGCGGGCGUACCGCUGCCAGACGACAGGGUUUACGACGGCAAGGAUCUCAUGCCGCUGUUGCGAGGCGAGACGAUCGGCAAGCCCCACCACGAGUUCAUGUACCAUUAUUGCGGGAGCUAUCUGCAUGCCGCCCGCUACACGCCAUCAGACUCUGACAGCAUCUACAAAGUUCACUUCAGCAGCGUCCUGCACGUUCCCGGACCCCACGGCACCACGGGCUGUUUUGGCACCUAUGCCUGCCGCUGCACGGGGUACUCUGUCAUCCAGCACGACCCACCUCUGGUCUACGACCUUACCCACGACCCCUCCGAGCUGAACCCCCUCGACCCGGACGACCCCGAGGUCAGCGAGGUCAUCUCCAGGAUGCAGGAGGCGGUGGCCGAUCACCAGAGUGGACUGGUCAAGCAGCAGGACCAGUUUGGAGUUCUUCGGCUGCUCCCCCGUCCCUGGAAGCAGCCGUGCUGCGGCACGUUCCCGUUGUGCUCUUGUAAAGACUCCCUGCAUUCGGAGAAACCCAUGUUACCGGAGGUGGUGAACCAACCAGACUGGGUACCAGUGGCCGAGGACAUUCCACAGAGUUGAGGUAAUUUCCCUUAACUGAGGUAACUUGAGGUAACUUUCCUUAACCGAGGUAACUUGAGGUAACUUUCCUUAACUGAGGUAACUUGAGGUAACUUUCCUCAACUGAGGUAACUUGAGGUAACUUUCCUUAACUGAGGUAACUUGGGGUAACUUUCCUUAACUGAGGUAACUUGAGGUUACUGAGGUAAAUUGAGGUAAUUCUGAGUCUCCCACCAUUGGAGGGAAGGUAUUACAAUUGUCUGUAAAUAAAUUUACUAUUUUGUGUUCUCUAUCCACUUGGCUCAGUUUCAUUAGGGAAUCUUCACAAAUGCAAACAACACCUGUUCGACUUCUCACCGAGGAUCGGAGCUGGAUAUAAUAGUUGAUCUGCAAAAAAAGUCUUUCGUGUGUAAUUACACUGGCAGUGCAUGGAAAUAAAGAGAAA